AUGGAACCAACUCCAGAACCAGUUUGUCCCAUCUAUCACCACCAUGAUCAUAAUCACUCACUCAGCAACAAGGACAUCCCAGUUAACACCAUCACCAGACCAACAACCGCAGAUUCACCAUCUUCUUCGACCCCAAGCCGCUACGAGAACCAGAAGCGCCGGGACUGGAACACCUUCUGCCAGUACUUGGGGAGUCACAGGCCGCCGAUCCCACUCGCCGCAUGUACCAGCAUGCAUGUUUUCGACUUCCUCCGCUACCAGGACCAGUUUGGCAAGACCAAGGUGCACCACCAGGCUUGCCCCUUCUUCGGCCUCCCGAACCCGCCCGCCCCAUGCCCCUGCCCGCUCCGCCAGGCAUGGGGCAGCCUCGACGCACUCCUCGGGAGGCUCCGAGCCGCCUAUGAGGAGAACGGCGGGGACCCUGGGGCAAACCCUUUUGGAGCUAAAGGCUUGAGGGUUUAUUUGAAAGAAGUCCGUGAUUAUCAGGCCAAAGCGAGGGGCGUUAGUUACGAGAAGAAGCGCAAGCGGCCCAAGGAGAAGGGGCCGUCGCCAUGACGAGCUCUCUCUUGCCCUUAGUCUAUUUUUGGAGACAGCACAGAACAAUUGACAGGGCAGAAGACAACAUAUGAUCAGACCUAAUAGAUAUAUGCGCGUUCCAAUCUACUCCGAUGUCUUCAGUCUUCUUCAGCUCGAUCUCCGCCAAUU